AGCAGCUUGGAUAUUACAUACCCUCCACAGCAGCGCGAUUUUGCUCUAGCUCGGCUGAAGUUUUCCCACAGAUAAGAGGGAAAGGGGUGGGGAAGAAAGAUUGCCCCGAGGACACCUCUCUCUUGCAGGACAUGGAGAACAGGCCAGCAGAGACCAACUCAGAGGUGGACAAGUCGGCAUCACCCUCAGUGGCUCAGCUAGCAGGGAAAUUCAAAGAGCAAGCAGCCAAUAUCACUGGAAAAGAGGUACCACCACAUAAGCCAGCUCGGAGGAAACCACCAUGCUCUCUUCCAUUGUAUCCCCACAAAACUGAGACAAGUGACAAUGAUGAGCAAAAGCGGUCUCCAAAUGCUUGCCCCAUUCCUAAGGUCAAGGUGAAAAGCUCCCCCAUGAUUGAAAAGCUGCAGGCCAAUCUAGCUUUUGCUCCAGCUGCUUUGCUGCCGGGAGCAUCUCCCAAAAGCCCUGGUCUGAAAGCCCUGGUUUCUCCGUUCAGCACCCCUCCCUCAACGCCCAGCAGCCCAGGGAUUCAGUCCCAGCCCAGUGAAGGGAAUGAGACGCCCGUCAGCUUUGAUCAACCCCCGGAAGGCACUCAGCUGCAAUUCUAUAACAAGGUGCGGACGCGGGGAUCGAUAAAGCGCAGGCCUCCCUCCAGGAGGUUCCGAAGAUCUCUGUCCGAGUAUGGAGACGGCGAAGAUUUAGGGGUCAACAUCUCCUCUCCAGAAAAUGGUGCCAAGGAAGAUGGGGAUGAGGUAUUUGGGCCCAAGGCCAAGACAGAGGAGGCAGAAACAGGGAGCAAAGAGCAAAAGAAACAGACAGGGUCUGAUGAGAAGCCCCCAUCAAGGAGAGGAUCCAGCAGAUCAGAUGAAGAAAAAGGGGAAAAACAGGCAGAGGAAAUGACUCCUUGCAAGAGUGAUGCAGGGGAUACGAAGGAGGAGGAAGUGUGUUGUAGUGCCCCAGGGGAGGAGAACUCUCCCCAGCCUCCAUCUGGAAACAAGGAGGAGAAGGUGUGUGAGGGUCUCCAGGGAGAAGAGCAGCAAGGCAGCACCUGUGAACAGGAAAAGGGGGACAAGGAGAAGGAAGAAGCUGAAGCUGAAGCUGAAGCAAAGGAGCCCAGUGAGAGCACAGACACAUGGAGAACGUCAGACACUAAAGAAGCAUCGCUGGCACCUGAACCGCUGCAGGACGCUGUAGGCUUAGAGACUGCCAGUGAGCCUUCAACAUCAGCCACACAGGACCAGGGCACAGCGUAACCAUGACACACAGGACACACCCAAUCAGGGCACAGGAGACUUAACAUGUGAAUAAGAGGCAUCCAACCCAAUCAAGGUGGAAGCUACUAGAAAACCUUCAGUGGCAGGAGAGGAGCAGCAUACAGAUAUCCCCUGAGGCCCAGACUCAUCCCGGAGCUGAGUGUCUGCUCACUGGCUCUCCGCUUUGCACCAUCAACUUUUGGGACAGUCGGAACAAGAGACUGGCUUGCAGCCACUUCUGAGUUCAAAACUGAGGUGUUGGCUGACAUUACUUGGUGAUAUUUGGGGACUGAGGGACCUGAUACUUGCUGUCCUAGAGCCGACAGCCACCACCACUCCUGGUCCCCCUGCUCCUUCAUCCUGCUCCAAAAUGUCUUUUUCUUCUCCCCUGCAUUGGUUUUAGAUGAAGUUCAUCAGUUACAUACAUACAUCUAUGGUGCCUUUUGGUAGCUUCUUUUGAAAUAUUUUGGGUUUUCAAAUUUCAGUAAAUAAUGUUUUAAGAGUCGGAAAAAGUAUGUUUUCUCCAUAUGUGCUGUAUGGCAGACAAUGUGAACCCUGAACAUGGGGAAAACUUAGGACAUUGUUCAUAAAGCAUAAAAUCCCUUUGAUGUGGGGGUCAGGCUAGCUGAUCUGUGAAACAGCCAGCCAUGGCAGGCAAUUUUUCUGUGUGCUUCAACUCUGGGGUGUAUUUAGUGCUGGUGGAAAGUAACAACCAACAGAUUUGAUGCACAGAAAAGAUGUGCUAUGUCAAUCAACAGAGCAAGUUUUCUUAUCCGGCUCUGGGCUGCAGUCCAGAUUUAGAAAGGCCGCCUGUCUGUCAGUCUUUCUUACUUCCAGACCCUAUCCAAUCUCUUGAUUCUCUUUUGAAACUUUCAGUGCGUGGCCACCAAGUGCCACUCAUGAUAGAAAGCAUCCUGGCUUACUGGAAACAGCUGAUUUUAUGUAGGUCAAAGAAGAGGUCUUAGAUGGCUGAGUUUCCAGUCAUAUGGCCUGGCUGAAUAUGAGUUGGUGAAAGUCAGAUAGCCAGUCCCUCGUAAGUACUUAGGCGUUGUACUAGAUUUGCAUUCACUCUUGGGUUACUAGUUAAGUCAUGGGUCUAGCAGUUGCUAAGCCAAAAAAGCUUUUACAUCCAGAGAGUAUUUGUUACCCAUAAGAAAUAAGUUAUUUGGGGAAAGAUAGAUAACAGACCCUCACCCGACCAUUUUCCUGACAGUAGUGCUUGAAGCUGUAUCUGCAAUACUGAAUAAAAAGCUGCUCUGGCUCAAGGCCGUGGGGCUCAUGUCUACAGCGUGACGUGGAGCUGUGGACAAGUCUGGGCUCACUGGAGACAGCAAGCCACACUUGUCAAAAUCUGAGCCAAGUUGUUGACUAGCUGUUAGGCAGUGUGAGUGGUCAGGAGCCAGUGUUUGAACCUGCCACCAGCCACCUAGUACCCAGCAACACAGACGCAGCUACCAAGACCAAAGGCAGAAACAGCCAGCUCCUGUUCAUCCAUCACAAAAUUCCUCCUAGUAAACAUUAAGCUGAGCAGAGUCAGAGGCUUGGGUUGUCCCUGUCUCUCUAGACAAGCACAAGGAUUUUACACAACACAGCCCACAUCUGUCCUUGAGUGGGCUCUGCAACACAGCAGUGUUACAAACCUGAUGGUUUUGAAGGAUAUCCCCUUUCUGUUCACCAGCUCUAAAUUCAUGAGGAAAGAAGUGGCUCUGAGCCCUGCCUUUCUUUUUCCCAGGUGAGAGCACUGAGGUGUCAUUUGCUGAGAGCCAGCGGUGUUGACCCUGCUAUGUAGCACGGGCUUGUUGACAAACAUGAACCCCACACCCUUUUGAGCCAUGUUGUGGAGCAUUGUUGCCUUUGAAUCCAUUUUAAUCUGUUUGUUAGAGCUUGUAUUCCAGGGCAGGCUGCAAUCAUUCGCUGUACCCUGUUUCUUCUCUCAGCAGAGUGUC